GCGCCGCAUCGAAGAGUCCGAAGACACCGAAGCGGUCGACAGACGGCUCGCGGCGAAGAGAGAUUUGUCCUUCUCGAUUCGCGAUGCGAAUGGAAUGGAUCGGUUGUCGAGCAAUCUCUCUUGGCAAUCCCUCGCUAUUCACGUCCAACUGCCACGCAGUAAAGAUCGAGUUUGGCCGCGCCGCGUUUCGCAAUUCGCACUUGAAAUUCAUAGUAGUUUAAAGCCUUGAACACACUCUUAUCGCAGUGUUUACCAAAACCGACGACGGAUCGUGCGAUUGCGCGGACGCGUGCGAGCCGGAGUACACGUUCCCGCGCGCGUGGUCUCUCAAUUACGUCAAAUCUCGGUCUCCCGGCGGCAUCCCGAAUAAAAUCGCUCGUCUAUCCGCGUGAGCGAAUUUGAUGCUCGACGUUGGACGAUGGCACUGGCGCGGGGACUGCGAUCGUUCUUCGUCUUGGGAACGAAUUAUGCACACAAGUGCAUAUCUAGUCAAGUCAUCCUCGCGAGAACCGUGUCUACCAUGCAACCGCUCUCCAAGAACAAAGAGGUCACUGUAACGUUUGUUAAAGCCAAUGGAGAGAGGAUAAAAGCAAAAGGAGAAAUCGGAAACAGUAUUUUAGAUAUUGUUGUGAACAAUGACCUUGACUUGGAUGGUUAUGGAGCAUGUGAAGGAACACUGACCUGCAGCACUUGUCAUUUAAUUCUUUCUCAGGAAGUGUUUGAUAAUCUUCCAGAUAAACCUUCGGAGGAAGAGGCCGAUAUGUUGGAUUUGGCGCAAGAGCGAGGUCCAACCUCGAGACUGGGUUGCCAGAUAACCAUGACUGAAGAACUAGACGGCAUUGAAGUGAGAGUACCGACUACCAUAAAUGAUGCAAGACAAGCAUGAUAAUCCAUUAAUGUUCAAUAAGGCGCUUAGAUGAUUAUCUUAGAUGCGGCUCCUUAGUUAGCGCAAUUCAAUCUAACAAGUCUUCUCAAUA